AUGGUGCGGGUGGAAGUUCAGAAUGCAAAUAUGUCAAGCGGAGAUGAAAAACUUGUAGGAAGUGUCCAGGGAAAUGUCGGGACAAACUUCAUUCUAUUAUCAGAUGAUGACAUGGGCUAUAUGCCUUACAGGAUUGAUAAUUUCUCGAAUGAGAGACUCAGGGUUUAUCAACAAAAAUGUGAAACUUUUGAUACUAUAGUUCAUCCUUACACGUCUUGCCCUUAUGCUUGGGAUGAACCCUGUUAUCCGCAUCGUUUGACCAUUGAGGUGCCUGGAGAUCGUGUUAUAGGCUCUUAUGCAUUUGAGAUCACAAAACAACCUAUUCCAGUGCACUUGCGCUCCACAUCUGAGAAACCCGAAAGGACACUAUUGCUAUCUAUCCGUGCUGAAGGAGCUACAAAGGUUUUCAGUGUUGUAGAUUCAGGUCAUCACACCAUGAAAGCUAUAAAGGAAACGUUUGACUCUAAAUCUCAUGAGAAGGGAAAGCAAAAGUUUCAAACUGAUAAUAUGAUCCGUUACACAGAAAAGUUCUUGCUUAUUUUGCCAAGCAUUGGUAUAUCUUUGGUUAAUUCUCAUCCACAGGAAUUGGUUUAUGCUUGUGCAUCAAAUGUUGUAUUAGAUCUAAGUCAGAGUGUCGAUCAGCAGAAGCUUUCCUUUCAGAUCUCUUCAUUACAGAUAGACAACCCACUUCACAAUUCUUCGUAUCCUGUCAUAUUGUCAUUUAGUCAUGACCACAGAGGCAUUGCUCCUGAUUGGGGUACUAAGGACAACAAAACAAGAUCUUUAAGUGAAACUGUUGAGCAAGUUAGGAGUCAUACCCGUGAUACUGUAGUGGACAUUGGCAUAGCAAAGUGGCGGAAGAAAGAUGUUUCACUAGUUUCUUUUGAGUACAUAAAUAUAAGGAUUGGUGAAUUUGUACUUGAGCUCGAGCUACAAACACUAUUAUCCUUGUUGGAGUUCGUCAAAGCAGUGCUUCCUAAUUCUCAGGCUAGGCUCCUGCCGCUCUCAGAUCCAACGCUACAUCCUCUAGUUUAUGACACUGGUUCCAAGGAUAUAAGUUUGGAAGAUGGUCGACCACAUGCAAGAAACAUUCCCGUGUUUAACAAAAGUCAUAGAAGCAUUGUAUCUCUACCUAUUGUGGUUCCGAUAGGAGCUCCUUGGCAGCAUAUUCACUUGUUGGCUCGAAGACACAGGAAGAUAUAUGUUGAAACUUUCGAGUUGGCCCCUAUUAAGUUUACGUUAAGGUGA